UUUCGGUCCGUUCCUGCUUUUUUACGCACCCGUACACACACAGUCCAAGGCGGAAACGAUCAUUUAUUUUCCUUUGAUAUUUUCACUGUUUACUCAAAACUUUAGUAAUGCCAUUCCUUGAUAUUUCUACCAAUGUCAGCAAGGACAAAGUAACUAAUGAUUUCUUGAAGAAAGCGACCGAAAAAAUGGCAGCAGCCCUUUCUAAAGAUCCGAAAGUGUGUGUGGUGCGUCUCCAGUGCGAUGCAAGUAUGACUCGGAAUGGUGUCAAUACACCCUUUGCCAUUGUCCAGCUGCAAAGCAUUGGCUUUGCAAAGACUCCCCAUGAGAUAACUGAACUUCUUGGUCCCUUUUUUUGUGAAGCCCUUGGAAUUCCUGAUGAUGGAUACUACAUUUUCUUCAAUGAUUUUACGUAUGAAAAUGUCGGUUACAACCACAAGAGCUUCAGGAAAUUCUUGGACUCGAAGAAGUAGAUUAGAGACCAUACAAGCUCUCACACUUUUGGUGACAUAGUUGCCUUGGUUACAGAAUAGUAGUAGAAGUACAUUUAUACCUGUAAAAGAAUCUGCCAUUCCGCCAUACAAUUGAUCUCUUGGUGCUCCACUGAUUAUGAACAUGAUAAUGUUUAGAAUGCUUUAAAUUACCCGGUACAUGUGAAUGCUUUAUCAAUCUUGACGCUGUUUUAUGCACAUAUAGACUCAUUUUCUUCAAUUCAAUUGAAUUUUCAUUUGUUCUUUUUCAAGAAUUCAGAAUUCAUUUUUCACUUUUUGAAUUUGGUGCCUGAGAUCAUGUGACAGACUAAGAAAUACAGAGUUUCCGUCAUCCACGCAAAAAGUCAUCCAAGUGCUGCCAUCUGAGAAGUUUUACCGUAACUGUAUUUUAGAAUUACCCAUGUACCAUGCGGACGUACGUGGAAUGUCCAAAUCAAUGGGAAUAACGAUAAACCUUGGCACACUACAUGCAUGAAAUGUGGACGUACGUCAAACAUCUAUAUGGCGCAUCAAUUACCAAAAAGUGGACGUACGCCAUACGUCUAUAAGGCGCACCAAUUACCAAAAAGUGGACGUACGCCAUAAGUCUAUAAGGCGCACCAAUUACCAAAAAGUGGACGUACGCCAUACGUCUUUAAGGCACCCAAAGGAUUAAAUAGUAAUAAAUUCAUUCAAAAUGAAAAACAA